AGCUGUCCUGAACGUCAGGACGUCCGCAAAUCGUGCCCGGCCCGGUCCACACAGCACUCCCUCAACUAACCCUCACGAGCGAGGCAAGGCAUCAAUAGCUGAUUAAGGUCUUAGCGCCGAAUGGAGUGGUCCUGUGAAAUAUAAUUAGGACUGGAGAAAGAUGUCGGGCACCCUGUGCUCUCGUGCGAUCGUCUGCGUUGUUCUGUUUGUGCAAUGGAAACUAAGCUCAUCUCAGUUGCUGAACUUCACGAGUGUCAACUCUACAGAGUUCCCGUCCAAAGCACCGAGGUCUCUACAGGAGAACAUCACCAGCAUUCUGGAUGAACUGAUUGACGGGUACGACAACAGGAUUCGGCCAGGAAUAGGAGGUGGACCUACGGUUGUGAUGACAGAUAUCUACGUCACGAGUAUUGGACCGGUCUCAGAAGUGGACAUGGAGUACACGCUGGAUUGCUUCUUCAGACAAACUUGGCAGGACACGCGGCUGCAGUUCACAGGACCGCCGAAGGAACUCCGUCUGAACAACGUCAUGUUGGACAAGAUCUGGACACCGGACACCUACUUCCGCAACGGCAAAAAGGCCAUAGCACAUACCAUGACUACGCCUAACAAACUCUUCCGGAUCCAAGAGGACGGAACAGUACUUUAUACCAUGAGACUGACCAUUCACGCCGAGUGUCCGAUGAUGUUGGAGAACUUUCCGAUGGACACCCAAAUCUGUCCGCUACGCUUUGGCUCAUAUGGGUACCCUAAGGAGGAGAUAGAGUUCCACUGGAAGUACGGGGACAAGAAGUCGGUCACUAUCAGUGAGGAAGACAGGCGUCUGAACCAGUACGAACUACAAAGACAUGAAGCCGGCAAGGAGCUGAAAAUAUCCAAAUCCGGGCACUACAUCAUCAUGACCGUAGACUUCUAUCUGAAGAGGAACAUGGGAUAUUUCCUCAUCCAGACCUACCUGCCCUGCAUCCUGAUCGUGGUACUUUCUUGGGUCUCCUUCUGGAUCAACAAGGAGUCCACUCCUGCCCGAGUAGCCCUAGGUAUUACGACUGUACUGACGAUGACGACGCUCAGCACCAGUGCGCGGCACUCUCUGCCCAAGGUGUCCUACGCUAACGCCAUGGAUUGGUUCAUCGCCGUGUGUUUCGCCUUCGUCUUCGCCUCUCUGGUGGAGUACGCAUGCGUCAACUACUUCUCCAUGAGGAAGCCCUCGUCUCCCCCAAUACGGAACGUUCAGGACGAAAACGAGGAUUAUGACAAUGAAGGCACGUCCGCCGGAAACGGAAAGGGAGGGGCCGAGGUAAAGGAGAAGACCGGAUGUUGCAGUGUAUUUCGGGGCCGCUGGUGGCCUCAGGUGGUGAAGUGCAUGCGAAACAACAUCCUGUACCGAGCUGAGUCCGAGGACAAUGUGAGCAACAUCGAUAGACUCUCACGGGCCAUGUUUCCUUUUACAUUCGGCAUCUUCAAUGUUGUCUACUGGCUUGCCUAUUACAUUGAGUAACAAAUUACGGUACAUUAUGUUACAAUUUUAAGACUUUAUGUCCGUACACAAAACAAAGCACAGACCGACAAGCC